GCAACUUGCCCCGCGGGCUCUGGCAGGGCGGAGGGGCUGCGGCGGGAGACCUGUGCGGAGAGGAGGUCGCGCGGCCAGGGACGUGGGUUCGGAGGACCCGGGGCUAUCUGCCCUCCUGUCUCCCCGAGUUUAUUUUGUUGAUACGCAGCACGUCCGGGCGCCGAACCGGGCUGAGCCGGUGCACAUGACCCUGCGCUGGGCUCACGUGCAGCCGGUCCGGUCCCAGACACCUUCCGGGGGCCACCGCCUCCGCCCUGUCGCCCCCUCUCCGGGCUGGGUGCACGCGGGCUCUGCACGCGGGGGCAGCAUGCUCAGCUCCCGGACGCGGAGGCUCUGCACAAAUUAAGCACAGUUUUUUGGAGGGGCGGGGGAUACCCUUUCCAGGCUAGGCCAGAGAGCCAGCUCCCUUCUCUGAAGAAGGGAUCAGAAGGACCCUGCAGUUGCCAAUGGGCAGCCAUCCAUGGGAGCGAGUGGACUGAGCUUUGCCCUCUCUGAGGUGGAGGGUAGGGUGCGAAGGUGCUGAAGGACAAAGUAGACAAAGCCCCUUUCUGUCUCCCAGGAUCCCCUUGAUGGAAGAGAAGAGGCGAAAAUACUCCAUCAGCAGCGACAACUCUGACACCACCGACAGUCACGCUACAUCUGCAUCAAGAUGCUCCAAACUGCCCAGCAGCACCAAAUCAGGCUGGCCCCGGCAGAACGAAAAGAAACCCUCAGAGGUUUUCCGGACAGACUUGAUCACAGCCAUGAAGAUUCCAGACUCAUACCAGCUCAGCCCGGAUGACUACUAUAUCCUGGCAGACCCAUGGCGACAGGAAUGGGAGAAAGGUGUGCAGGUGCCUGCGGGGGCAGAGGCCAUUCCAGAGCCCGUGGUGAGGAUUCUUCCACCAUUGGAAGGCCCCCCUACCCAGGUGUCCCCUAGCGGCUCCGACCUUGGUGAGGGCUCCCAGCCUGAUUGGCCAGGGGGCAGCCGCUAUGACCUGGACGAGAUUGACGCCUACUGGCUGGAACUCAUCAACUCGGAGCUCAGGGAGAUGGAGAGGCCAGAGCUGGAUGAACUGACGCUCGAGCGCGUACUGGAGGAGCUGGAGACUCUGUGCCACCAGAACAUGGCGCGGGCCAUCGAGACGCAGGAGGGGCUGGGCAUCGAGUAUGAUGAGGAUGUCGUCUGUGACGUGUGCCGCUCUCCCGAGGGUGAAGAUGGCAACGAGAUGGUCUUCUGCGACAAAUGCAACGUCUGCGUGCACCAGGCAUGCUACGGGAUCCUCAAGGUGCCCACAGGCAGCUGGUUGUGCCGGACGUGUGCCCUGGGUGUCCAGCCGAAGUGCCUGCUCUGCCCCAAGCGAGGAGGAGCCUUGAAGCCCACUAGAAGUGGGACCAAGUGGGUGCACGUCAGCUGCGCUCUGUGGAUUCCUGAGGUCAGCAUCGGGUGCCCCGAGAAGAUGGAGCCCAUCACCAAGAUCUCGCAUAUCCCAGCCAGCCGCUGGGCUCUGUCCUGCAGCCUCUGCAAGGAGUGCACGGGCACCUGCAUCCAGUGUUCCAUGCCUUCCUGCGUCACGGCAUUCCACGUCACAUGCGCCUUUGACCACAGCCUGGAAAUGAGGACUAUAUUAGCAGACAACGACGAGGUCAAGUUCAAGUCGUUCUGCCAGGAGCACAGUGAUGGGGGCCCACGGGGUGAAACCACGUCCGAACCCGUGGAGCCCAGCCCAGCCAGCGAGGACCUGGAGAAGGUGACCCUACGCAAGCAACGGCUGCAGCAGCUGGAGGAAGACUUCUAUGAGCUGGUGGAGCCAGCCGAGGUGGCUGAGCGCCUGGACCUGGCUGAGGUGCUGGUCGACUUCAUCUACCAGUACUGGAAGCUGAAGAGGAAAGCCAACGCCAACCAGCCACUGCUGACGCCCAAGACCGACGAGGUGGACAACCUGGCCCAGCAGGAGCAGGACGUCCUCUACCGCCGCCUGAAGCUCUUCACGCACCUGCGGCAGGACCUGGAGAGAGUUAGAAAUCUGUGCUACAUGGUGACAAGGCGCGAGAGAACGAAACACGCCAUCUGCAAACUCCAGGAGCAGAUAUUCCACCUGCAGAUGAAACUUAUUGAACAGGAUCUGUGUCGAGAGCGGUCUGGGAGGAGAGCAAAGGGCAAGAAGAGCGACUCGAAAAGGAAAGGCCGCGAGGGUCCGAAGGGCAGCCCCGAGAAGAAAGAGAAAGUGAAGGCAGGGUCCGACUCAGUCCUGGGGCAGCUUGGCCUGUCCACUUCGUUCCCCAUCGACGGCACCUUCUUCAACAGCUGGCUGGCGCAGUCGGUGCAGAUCACGGCAGAGAACAUGGCCAUGAGCGAGUGGUCGUUAAACAACGGGCACCGCGAGGACCCUGCUCCGGGGCUGCUGUCGGAGGAGCUGCUGCAGGACGAGGAGACGCUGCUGAGCUUCAUGCGGGACCCCUCACUGCGACCUGGCGACCCUGCCAGGAAGACCCGUGGCCGCACCCGCCUGCCUGCCAAGAAGAAGCCACCACAGGAUGGGCCCGGUUCACGGACGACUCCAGACAAAACCCCCAAGAAGCCCUGGGGCCAGGAUGCUGGCAGCGGCAAGGGGGGUCAGGGGCCACCUGCCAGGAAGCCACCACGGCGAACGCCUUCUCACCUGCCAUCCAGUCCUACGGCCGAGGACUGUCCCGUCCCAGCAGCUCCCGAGAGCCCCCCACCGCUGGCCCCCGAGACCCCGGACGAGGCGGCCCCAAUGGCUGCCGACCCGAAUGUCCAAGUGCCUGGCCCUGCAGCGAGUCCCAAGCCCUCAGGCCGGCCUCGGCCGCCCCGCGAGAGCAGGGGAACCCGGAGGUCGCCAAGUGCCAGGCCUGAUGCCGGGACAGGACCGCCUUCUGCUGUGGCCGAGAGGCCAAAGCCAGAACUUCUCCAACAAGAACCUUGCAAAAGUCCAGUGAAUCAUUCUGUGGAUGCCAAAGAAUAUUUUGACCAUAAUACAGCACAGCCUGGACCUGACAACUUGUCACUUGGACUAUUUUUUAAACGGAGCUCUUUAGCAACCAAGUAUAGAAACAUGUUCAUCGCACACGUCCGGGAGGCGAGCGCAAGCUCUUGGACGAGGAUGCUGUUCUGCUGCUGGUGUUGGAUUUCAGAUCCCCAGGCUGGGCCCGCUGUGAGCUCUCCUGAACUCUGAGACUCACUGUGGGAGGAGACUGAUGGCGAAACCAGCGUGGCAAAAGUGUUCCCAUGGGGUUGCCCCCACGUGACACACGAAGCGCAAAUCGGCGGGAUGGGGAAGCGACUCGAGCACCCAUCCCCGACUCCAAAUUUUCAAGGUACGACAGUGGCAUGAUCAUCGACACUCAAGUUUCAUGUGAAUUUUAUCAAAACAGGAAACAAAGACAACGACUAAGUUUAAAGGGUCGGACAGAUUUGUCCAGUCGGAGCAGACUCGGAGUGGGCUUCGAGGACUCUGGGCGUUGGGAUGGCAUGAGCUACCAUGUAGAGUUUAGUCUGCCUGCCCGCCCGCCUUGGCAGUAGUGGCCAGUGCAGUGUCAGCAUCAGCAUCCCAACCCCAUUCUCUGUUUACUGCCUUUGAAUAGACCUUCCUUCCCCGUGCUUCGGGUCACCUCGGGCCACAACCUUGUCUGUGCUGGAUUGCUCAGUCUGACCUCACAGGAAGCAAAAGGGACGAGCUUUAAAGAACAACCAAACUCUGCCGGGGGAUGGGAGUGCCAGGAAUGGCUCGGGUCCGGUAGACUCAGUACUUGCCUGUUUACCCUUCAUCCAUCCUGAGGCAGAGUCUGGGCUCCCUGGGGGUGAGGGUAGGGAGAGAAGCAGGGUGGGAAGGUAGUGGGUCUGGCCAGGGUCUGGACUGGGUGGGCCAGGCCGGGCAGCCAGCACUCUUCAGAGCCUCUAUUCAAGUCGGCCUCUGGAUUCCGACCCUUUUCCCGAUUGGCUCUUGCUUUGGAUUGAACUAUCCCUGGGGCCCACAUCCUGCACGGAGUCCAAGUGUCUGUAAGGCUGGGUGGCCAGGGUCUCCCAGGCCACGCCCUAGAGCUGUCCUUGUCAGGCAGCUGUCCACCCCUAGGAUGUCCACCGGGCUGCAAAGAGGACAAGGAUAACCAGCUCCCACUGCUGGCCUUUCUGCUAUUAGCCACAGCCCCUUUGCUCUUUUUCCAGCCUGCCGACGGCUUUGCCGCCUCGGAGUUUAAGAUGGGAAGCUGGGAAGAAGGUAGGAGGCCUUUUCCAGUCCAGAGGCUGAGGCAGACCUUUCGCUUGACCGUAUGUGUCCACACUCACUGGCCCUCCUCAGGGAGGGAGAAGCUGCUCUGGAGCUCAUCCGGGCUGUCAUCACCACCCUCCCAAGCCCCACUGCCCACCUCCUUCCCCCUCAUCACAGUGAGAAAGGAUAAUGUGCAAGGAAAGUAUUUUUAUGGAUCAUAAAUGUAUUUUAGAACAAAUAAGGAGAAGAAAGGUAGAAGGGUUUAUUUUAUUAAAUGAGCUCUGACUCGGUGACAGUGUGUGAGCAUUUGCAGUGUGAAGGUCUCAGGUUCCUUGGAGAAGCCACCCAGGUUUCCAAACAUGGGUGUUGGACUGUGGAUGUGUGAGCCUGUUCCAAAGCACACCUUGUGUGUGUCCGAGUGCAGGCGUAUCUGUGUGUGUCGUGUAUGGGCACACGAUGGGACUUGGGGGACAAUUCCUAGAGAAUCACCUGCUCGGUUCUAACAGACAUUGGCAGCAGCUGGAUCUGGCGUUUCCUUGCUUACUGCCAGACGUGGCCAACCUCUGCCCAUGCCCGAAGCUCUGUAGAAUGGCCUGGGUGCCUGUAGCAAGGCCCUUGGGGAGACCCCUUCCCAUGCCCCUGGCCCAGCUGGCCACAUUGGCCAAAGAGCCAGGCUGGAGUCUGGGACCUUGGUUGUUCUUUAAGGCACUUCCUGCUACUUUGUCCCUCAGCUGCACAACACUCUGUGCUCCACAUCGGCUCGGGGUGGGGGGAUGAUAUGAAUGUCACAGGAGGAGACACCUUCUGUCUUUGUUUCAAUGAAAGUGAUGUGCCAUUUGUUAAUAUACAAGAGAAAUACUGAAAAUAUAUUGAAAAGAGCAAUUUUAAAUUAUUUUUGGCUUAUGUUGCAAUAUUUAUUUUCUUGUAUUAGAAAAGAUUCCUUUGUAGAGAAAAAAUGUAUUUUUCAUUAACGCAAAAACCUAUUUCUCCUUUUUGUACAUUGUCCAUGUUCGCUACCCUUCACGAGCAAUAGAAUGUAUGGCCGCCUGGGGGUGGCCGGUGCCCGCGUGCCCUGCAUGAUUCUGUGUUGCCGCUGCCGCAUAGCUCCCAGUCCCAUCCUGUCCUGCUCACUCCUGGGGGUCUUCCAGAGCCCAGCCCCCACUAGGGCCCGUGUCUUCACGACCCCUCUGCACUCCUCAUGUGUUGGCAAACGCAGUUAAUAAAGCGAUGUUUUCUGUGC